UUGACUGAAUUCUCAUAAUCAAUUACUAAAAAACUUGUAAUAAUAAAUAUUAUAUCCAUAAUAACCAUAGAUACAGAAGAAAAGUCACAGAGAGAGAAAGAGAGGAGAGAGAACGAGAAUCAGUUUAGGACAUCCUCCCAUUCUUUGAACAAUUACACCCUAAAAAGAAACAUCCCGGAAAUUGUACCAUUGAGAAUAAAUCAUUUGCCUAAUAAAGGAAAAAUAUCGUUUUUUCUUAGAAAGAGAGGAUUUUUUUUUCUUGUAUUUUCUUUAAAAAUUUUGUCUUUUCACCCAACUCCUGAUCUGGGUUCCCAUAAUUUUCUCAACCCAUUUGUGGGAUUUGAGGUUUUUGUGAUUCUGAUUGUUGGGAAUUCCAAGCUCAGGGUGUUGGGUUCAAUGCAAUUUUUUUAAGCUAGAAAAUAAAAGAACUGAUUUUUCUGAUUUGAGGUGUAAAGAAACAAAUUUGGGGUUUUUUGUUUUUUUUGGGUUUGGUUCAAGAUGAUGUGGAGGGAUCCUGGGCAACCUGCAGAUUCUUAUUAUGAAGUUAGACCUGAAAUUACAGAUGCUCCAAAGACCAAGUUCAGGAUCAAGGCUGGUAAAACAUUGAGUGUGAGGAAAUGGCAAUCAGCUUUUUCUCCGGAUGGCCAACUCGAUAUAAGCAAGACGCUUGGUAGGAUACAUCGUGGGGGAGUCCAUCCAUCAAUUAGGGGAGAGGUUUGGGAAUUCCUGCUUGGAUGUUUUGAUCCAAGGAGCACAUUCGAAGAGCGAUCACAGAUACGGCAGCGGAGGAGGGUGCAGUAUGCUCAGUGGAAAGAGGAGUGCCAUCAGAUGUUUCCCCUUAUUGGCAGUGGUAGAUUUAUAACAGCCCCCAUAAUCAAUGACCGUGGAGAGGCUAUUCUGGAUCCAUUGGUACUCUUAGAAACAAAUCUAGGAGAUGAUGCUGGCGCUGCGACUGCUGCUGGCGAUACCAGUGGCUCAGGAGUGAAUAAUGCAGCAAAGAAUGAUGUUCCGAUGUCCAAGAAAGAGAUUCAAUGGAAGCUCACUUUACAUCAAAUAGGUCUCGACGUGAAACGCACUGACAGGGCUCUCAUCUUCUAUGAGAAGCAAGAAAAUCUUGCUAAACUUUGGGAUGUAUUGUCUGUUUAUGCCUGGAUAGACGGAGAUGUUGGGUACUGCCAAGGAAUGAGUGAUCUUUGCUCCCCUAUGAUAAUUCUCCUUGACAACGAAGCUGAUGCCUUUUGGUGCUUUGAGCGCCUUAUGCGGAGACUGCGAGGAAAUUUCAGAUCCACUGGCAGAUCUGUUGGGGUAGAGGCACAGCUUAGUAACCUAGCAACAAUUACUCAAGUUGUUGAUCCGAAACUUCAUCAGCAUCUAGAGACACUUGGUGGAGGUGACUAUCUAUUCGCCAUUCGAAUGCUUAUGGUUUUGUUUCGCCGAGAAUUUUCUUUUGGUGACUCUCUGUACCUUUGGGAGAUGAUGUGGGCUUUAGAAUACGAUCCUGAACUUUUUUUGGUGUACGAAGAGCCUGAAUCCACCAGCGACUGUGCCGAGGGGUCUAAAGGGAAACCAAAGUCUAUUCGGCAUUACGGAAAGUAUGAAAGAGAAGUUCUGAAAAGUGGAGCAAAGGACGAUGCUCCCCUCCCCAUUUCUGUGUUCCUUGUAGUCAGUGUACUGAAAGAGAAGAGCCCAAAACUACUUAAAGAAGCUCGUGGUCUGGAUGAUGUUGUAAAGAUUUUGAACGAUAUAGCUGGAGAUCUAGAUGCCAAGAAAGCUUGCGCCAAUGCAAUGAAGCUACAUAAAAAGUAUCUAAAACAGGCAAAGAAGACAUAGCAAGAAAAAUGUACAAUUUUUUGGUCACGGUUGAGAAAGAACCUACCAAAUACGGACACAUUUUUUUUCAAUUUUUUUGGGUGAAAAACAAAUAAUUGUAUCAUAGAAAUCUCAUGGCUGAAUUAGGCUACAUGUAAUCCAUAGAGGAUUGAUGUCUGUUGUGUACAUCUUGAGCAUUCUUUGUAUCAUUACAAUAUUUAUGAAUAUAUACUGCCCACUGCUGGUGGAUUGUAACUCUGUAAAUGCUCUUGCAGAACUACUUUCAACAUGAAUGGAAAUUCUUGCACUCUCU